AUGUCAGAAGAGGACAUAGAGGAUAAGAGCAAGGGCAACAUGUUCGCGAAAGGAAUUGCCGUCCUACACACCGGGUGUUUCAUCAUCCAGUGCGUUGCUCGUGGUGCCCAAGGGUUGGAUGCUACAGAACUCGAAAUCAUUCCCGUCGGCUUUGCCGUUUAUCUGAAGCCGGAAUCAUCAGUGUUAGAUGAAAAGCGGCGAUCCGUUGAAGCAAUUCUGCUGGCAAAGCACUUGUGCAACAGUCGCACCUUCCAGCCACCCAGUCCGGCUCGUCAGAACCGGCCAAUCUUGGAAACAGAAAGCUUGCCGAUUCAAGAAGAAAGGCUACCUGUCAACCAAGUGAACUCGAAGAUUCCAGCGCAAAUCCAUCCAAUCUCAUUCAGUGAACAAGAAGCCUUCAGCAGCCAAACCUUUGGACCCUUCUUCAUCGUCCAUCCAGAGUCCUCGGUACACUCUACCGCCUACCACUCUAUCAGCCUUCUCGACAACCCUUUCGCUGACAUGGCCACCCAACUCACCGUCGAAGCGGCCUACAAUCGUGUGCCAACCUUCUACGCCUGCAGGGUCUCAGCGAGCAUUUUUGCAGCCAAAGCGGUCAGCAAGAUGGUGCUCGUCGGGAUCUGCUAUGGUGCCGUCCACUGUACCGCGUGGGCGUUCCCCUUCCCCUUCACUGCUGAACGUGUCUUAUGGCGGGUUGCUUCAAUAGCCCUCUUAGGUGUGCCAGUGUACCUUUUUAUUCUGAUUCCGUUCAUCGGCACAUACGACAAACGGCCGAAUAUCGACACGAUGGCGAAGUGGGCUGCGGGUUUUGGGUUUGUCGUGUAUGUCGUUGCGAAUGGUAUCUUACUGGUUCUCUCGUUUACUAGCCUACGAAGUUUGCCGCCCUCUCUGGAAGCGGAGUGGACGAGAUAUAUCCCUCAUCUUGGGUCAUCCUCAUAA